CGUCGAUCAGAAAGUACGCGCCGUGUUGCGGACAGUAUCGCGGCCGCUACGCCAGGCACGCAACUAUAUUACGCGGGAAUUUAUCCUUUUUUUUCUCUUCCUCUUUUUCUUCUUCUUCUCCCUCUUCUUCUUCUUCUUCUUCUUCUUCUUCUUCUUCUUCUUCUUCUUCUUCUUCUUCUUUUUAUAUUUUUAUUUUUCCUUUCUUGUCAUCUUUAAGAAUUCUAACGUUCGAGUGCUCAUUUUUUUUUCUUUUCGUUUUUUUUUUGUUUGCUUCUUUUUUUUUGUUUCCCCUUUUUCCUUCGUCCUCGUUAAUUCUUUUAAUAAGAAUUUUCAAUAAGAAUUUUUAUCGACAAAUUUGCGAUCUUUCGUUUCUUUCUUUCUUUUUCUUUUUUUUUUUUUUUUCUUCUUUCUAAAGAAACAGUUUAAAAAAAAAUUUGUGAUUUACUCGAGUCGAUCGAAAUAACAGAUAUUUGGUUUACGAAGGUGGAUUAUAAAGGAUAAAAUUAGGCACAAUAGAGAGAUGAUUUUGUGAUGGAGGUGAUUUCGACACGGCGAUAUGAGGUCCGACCACCACCUACGACUAAUCAUCAUGGAAUCGUUGUUGACCCUGAGAAUUCCGUGGCAUUGGUCAAAGAAGAGGAAUGGGAGACACGUAAGAAAAAAGAAAUCACGACGACGAGACAAAUAGAGACCAGAGUAAAGAGACAAGUUGUAUUAGAGGAUGGUGAGGUCGUCGUUGAUACUGGCCCAUUUGUUACUACGAACACAACCGAGGACGUUGAACAACAGGAACAUACUACCGAAGAAAGAAGAACAACUGGGGAUCAACCGCAAGAGGUUGAAUGGCCCGUAACCGGUAAAGGAACGACCGACGGGAUAGUUCAAAAGGAACUUAACGAAACUGUUGUGAGGAGUCGUGAGGAGAUAGAGGAAAGACUCGAGACCGAGGAUCGUCAACAACUUGGAGAUAUCACAGACGAGGCUUACCAAAAAGCGAUACAAAAUAAUAGAGGAGAUCUGAGAAUAGCAUUGGCGGAAUCGACUAAGCAGAUUGCACCACAGACAGGACCAAGGAUCGUACAGCAUACGACCAGGUCGAACAAGGUCAUCGACACUGAGAAGACCCUGGAAAAACAGGAACUUAAAUCCGAUGGAUUAAUCGUCACGGAGAAAAAGAAAACUGUCGAGCAUGAGGAGAUAAAUGACGACGAAGUACCGGACGAUGGUAGUAGCGUCGAGGACGUUUCAGAAACGAGAAAGGAAGGUUCUCAAAGAUUUAUAAAGAAACGAGAAGAGGACGUGGUCGAUUACGUGUCAGGUGGCGAGAGGAUCGCUCGUGAAAUGCGUUACGUCGCAGAGACGACGGAAGGUGAAAGAAUUGGCGAUUGGUCGCCACCACCAACGAAUAUGAGGACAACGCGGCUUCAUAAACAUACUGGCUUCCCUGCGGAGGGUACUACAGCUGCUAGGAAGGACGCAUUGACAAAGAAACCAUUGGAUUUAGAAGAGGAAGAUGAAGCAAGAAAAUUCGAAACUUCUAAAUGGUUAGAAAGUCACUUUGGUAGUGAGUCUCGUUCAUCACACGGUUCCAUAGAUGCCGAUGAUGGACCUUUCAUACCUAACACCAAUACCAGUUACAUACACGUCACGAUGAAGUCCUGCAGUCCGAGAGAAAGGGAUUAUCAAAACGUUAAUUCUAAUCGUCAUCAUCAUUCAGCUACAACUGGCCGCGAUUCCACAUCACCAUCUGGAUACUUUCACGGUAUCAGUGAGUGGUCCGAGAGAUAUCAAGGCAAAGAAAAGGAAGACAGUCAUACGAGAACGGGUUCGCCAUCGCAAUAUUUGGAAACAGCACGAACGAAUGGUCAUUCUCGUGAGUAUACGAAAAAUCAAUUCGACUCGACGUAUUCGCGUAAUUACGAGUCCGUUCGACGACGUGAACAUCAGGAAACUGUUCAGGAAGAGAAGCAACGUACACCGUCACCACCAGCACGACGUAAACCCAAGGAACAGUUACAUUCGAGGAUCAUAGAGAAGACAAUAACGAACGAGUCACCAUCAAUUAGGACAUCUAGUCCGGUCCAUGUUGUUCAAAGAACAUGGGAGAGCAGAAGCCGAGAUGUUCAGGAGCAAACGGUUGUUGAUCGAGAUGCUCGUAAAAAAUCAACGCCUAGAUCACGUUCGACAUCACCGAAACAAGUUAGAAUCAUUCGCGAGGAAAAGAAGACGGCAAAUCCCUCGAAUUCGUCACGACCCUCCAAAAGUACCAGCCAAUCGAAGUACAAGAUCGGUGAAUCCUUCCGUAAGCUUGUGGGGAAGUUACGUUCAGCAAGUACAGAAAGGAAGAACAAACGAAGUAAUAAUUCGGUAUCACAAGUUACACAAACGGACGACGAUGGAUCUACAUAUAUGCAGUACAACGUUAUAGAUAAAAAUAUUCCAUUGUUCAACGAUCGUGAGAUUGAAAAUCGAGUACCAGAGAGACCACCUAGAUCACCAAGGAAUAGAAACGUGGUGACUAAAGUUAUACCAUCUAAAACUACGAGAAUUAAUAAUGAUCGUUCGAUUCGUGAUGAUCACGGACAAAGAAACGAAACUAUUCCACCGGUUCAUAGGUAUUAUCUCGGUGAAGAUCCAUUCGGUGGUAGUAUAUAUGGCCGUGAAAGAGGUUACAGAGAUGCAAAACGUCCAACGAGAAAUCGUCUUGUUUCCAAAACUGGUGCUGCCAUCGAUACUACUGAAUACAGUGUCGCAACCAACUCACUUGGCAGGUUUAGCAAAUCAACCAGUCGAUUGACAAACUUAUACGAGACGGAUGAUCAAUUCAGGAACGUACAAACAUUACCAAGGAAUAUGAGGUCCGAGGGUAAAGCAACUAAUUAUCAACCAUCAUCCUCUUCAACAAGACAACAAGUACAAUCGAUUGUAUCAAAUUCAAACGGGAUAACACCUUCCAGACAAUAUGGUAGCAUGAUCAAUAUAUCAAUUAAAAAUGCUGUUACGUCAGCGUCCAAGUCACAUCAACCAUACGCUAAUAUUCAUCAGGCACCUGCUAAACCUGAAAGAACGUACAAGUCAACGUUAGCCCGUAGUAAAAGUUUCAACGUCGAAGCUGAUAAAAAUGGCGUUGAUAAAACGUUCAAUGUACCUUACAAAUCAAGUUUGCAAUUGAAUCGUUUGGACGAGACACCACCGUUAAAGAGUCCUGGUAUUCUUGCCAGUAUCAGUCGUAGUAAUAGAGAUCUGUUUAAGGAUAGCAAAAGAGAGUAAGGAAAUAUAUAUAUAUAUAUAUAUAUAUAUAUAUAUAUAUAUUUAUGUCUGUGUGGAUUUGAUCCGAU